CGCCACGGGAAGGGGUGGCCCGCGCUGCCCGGGGACCGACCGACUGGAGCCGCUCGCGCAGCGCCAGCCACCAUGGGGCUGGAGACCGAGAAGGCUGACGUGCAGCUCUUCAUGGCUGACGACGCCUACAGCCACCACAGUGGUGUCGACUACGCAGAUCCUGAGAAGUAUGUGGACUCCAGUCACGACCGGGAUCCUCACGGGCUCAACUCGCAUCUCAAGCUGGGCUUCGAUGAUCUGAUUGCAGAACCUGAGACUACACACUCCUUUGACAAAGUGUGGAUCUGCAGCCAUGCCCUCUUUGAAAUCAGCAAAUAUGUGAUCUACAAGUUCCUGACGGUGUUUCUGGCCAUCCCCUUGGCCUUCAUUAUGGGGAUCCUGUUUGCUACCCUCAGCUGUCUGCACAUCUGGAUCCUAAUGCCGUUUGUGAAGACCUGCCUAAUGGUCCUGCCUUCUGUGCAGACAAUAUGGAAGAGUGUGACAGAUGUUGUCAUUGGCCCAUUGUGUGCAAGUGUGGGACGCUGCUUCUCAUCUGUCAGUAUGCAACUGAGCCCCGACUGACAACUUAGACUCCAGGCCCAGAUGAUUGGAUACUGUACUACUUGUUGAUGUAACACUAAAGCACUACUGUUCUAUUCACACCCCAAUUGUUAUAAUCAAGAAGACUGUUAAGAUGGGACCCACGUUCAUAAAUGUUCACCGACAGAUCUUAACAAAUAAUGAUUUCUCCACUAAAAGACAAGGAUUUCAUAUCUAAUUUUAUAACAAGUAUUGGCAACAUUCAAUGUAGGAACAGACAGUUUUUGCUUUAGUAGAAAACAUCCAUUUGUAGUGAUGACUUGGUCAUGGUCAAGGGGCAAUUUCCUCAAAUACUUCAGUAAUUCUGUGCAUAACUGCUCAUAAAAGUAUGGGAUUUCUUAUUCUAUUUUACUCCAGGAGUAAUACUUUUAAAAUUACUUUUACAGAUAUCAUCAUGAGGCUAGCUAGAGAUAAUAUAUACAAACAUUCUAGAAACUUCUGCAGUAACAAACGCAUAUACCUAUGAUAAUAACUAUCAAAUACAGUAAGACAAAUAAAUGUGAAAACGUGUUCCUCUGAGAUAUUAUUAGUCUGCAAGUCUAUUUAACAAGAUGUUCCGUUUUGCUGUAUAUUUUGUACCUAAUGCAAAUGUUACUCUAAUCCAUUUGCUUUAGAAUGUUUUUAAUAUGUUUGCCAUCUUGUUGAUCUCAUAUGUAAGGUAAGCAUAGCCACCACAGAGUGACUUUCUUUGUAAGAUCCUCUGUCACAUAUGAGAAUUUUUGUAGCUUCUUUGGAUUGCAAUGUAAAAUGGGCUGUCUAGGUUUCCUUUCUGACUUUCCCAGCCAAUGUUUUGUGACUGGGGUUCAUCUGGCUGUGACUAUAAGACAUGGAGUUACUUUUGUUUACUAGACUGUUUUUCUCCCAUGUAGUUAGAUGCUUAAUCUGUAUCCUACAUUCCUGUGAACGCUUCGAUUACUUUCAAGUAAUUCUGGUGCUAGUUAAUGAUAUUUUUAUCUAUCUCUAACAUCUAAGUACAACUUUUACUACCGUGGCUCAUGUAGAGAAAGUUAUAGGAGAAUUAACAAUUGUGAGGGUUUAUAAUACUGAAGUACUUGUGUAAAUUAAAAGCUUAUAGUUACCAUUUUCAAGAUGUUUUCUGGUAUGAAUUUUGUGACCUAUAAACAUUAUCCUAUGCUUUUUCAUUUCUAGAGCCCUAAUUUAGCAUAUGCUCACCAUGGCCUUUAAAAAAUUGGCAUGUAAAAAUUUCUACAUUAUAAUUACUAUAAUUUUUCAAAUUCCAGAAUUACUAUCAAAACCUGAAUUAACAUUUUCUUAAAUAUUCUUAUGGGUGUCAAAUCUUCAUUCAGUGAAAAUUAAUAAAACCUUUCCAAUUUUCCAAGUCUGGUCAGUAUUAUAUAUGGGUUACUAAAUUGGAAUUCUAUUGCAAACCAGAUCAAAAGAUCAUGUUAAGAAACUAAGUUGUAAAGCUCAAACUUUUUUUUAAUGUAGUCACAAAAGAAACAUUUCAAAUCAUCCUCAGAAGAGAGGCCAUAGCCUGGUAAUAGCCACAAAGCGUUGCCACUAACAUAAAUAUGGAGACUGUAUUAUGUUAGUUUCUAAGGUCAGUCUCAUGACUUUAUAUUAUUUUUUAUAAUUUAAGCUUUAAACACUUGGAUAUAUUGAUUAACCAAAAAAUUUAAUAACAAAAUAACAAAUGAAUAAAUUAUAAGCUUCAACCUUUUAAAAUAGUUUUGACAGAUUUUUAAAGAGAAUUAUGUGUAAUUAUAUAUAAAAACCUUUAAUUUCUAAUAUAUAUUAUUUCCUUUUUCUGAAUAUUAUUAUUUUCAAGUGAUUUUUAUUGAAACUUAUCAUGAAUCAUUUUGUACUAAAAAAAACUCCAAUUAUGGAUAAAGCAAAUCAAAGUUAAAUAUGCAGAUACAUUGGUUCUUUUAUCUGGGGCAGUUGGAACUCAGAGGCAACGAAAUUCCCUCAUAAUCUAAAAUAAAAUCUAAAAAACAGUAAA